UGUUGCGCGUUGCUUGGAAACGUGACGCACUUUUGUAUUAUGUGAGUGCAUGUGCUCCGUGAAGAUUUCUUGUUUUUGUGAUUUAUUUUUAAGGUGUUGUAGGAAUUUUGCCCGAUUUCUUGUGAAAAUUAAUUUACGAAGCAAAUGAAUAGCUGAGCUUGUGGUCUUUUUCUUAGCAUCAUGUAACAACAGUGUUUUGAUUUGAGCUCAAGCUGAACUGAAACGUCUCAGCCUUAGGUCAAAGUUGAGGAAAAUGGCAGUGAUGCAUAAGUUUCAGCAAAUGGGCACGUUUGCGGGUGUGAAUUUGGAAAGAAGACAUUCAGACUCUGCACCCUCAUCUGCCACAUCCGAGACUCCCCUACCAGCCGGCAUCUGCACCACUCAUGCGGCUGCCCUCAAUGGGGAAAAGCAGCACCUUCAGAAACUGGUGGCUGACUCGCUUCACCUCACUGUGGACCGUUUCGGUCGCUCGGCGCUGGCGUUCGCUGUGAUGGGGAACCAGCCCGACUGUGUGGAUCUGCUGCUGAAGGCCGGACUCUCUGCCGACGCUGCCGACCACGCAGGGCGGUCGGCACUUCACGGUGCCGCGCAUAGGGGCUAUUACACCUGCCUAAAGCUGCUAGUUCAACGGUCCAGCAAUCCUGCGCUACCAGAUCAGGACAAGGUGACGCCAUGUCAUCUGGCAACUCAGCGCGGUAACAACAAGUGUCUGCCGCUGCUGCUCAAACAUCUGAGCAGUGAGGCGCUCAACGCCGAGGAUUGCAAUAAGCGCACCCCUCUACACUGGGCGGCAGCCGCCGGCGCAGCGGACCACGUCAAAGCCCUACUGCGGGCUGGAGCACAGGUUCUAUCGGCUGAUGUGGAGGGGAAGUCGCCCGUCCACUGGGCAGCGAGUUGUGAUGGGCCACAGUCGCCCCAGGCCGUCAAACUACUGCUGGAGGCAGAGCCCAAGGCGACCAACUGGCAGGAUUUCGAGGGCCGAACGGCUCUGCAUGUGGCUGUGGCUGAUGGACACAUCAAAACAGUGGCUGUCCUGCUCAACAACUCGCGGUGCAACAUCCACUGUUUGGAUCACCAGUUCCGCUCCGCUCUACACUGGGCUGCCCUGCUUGGCCUCACGGAGACCGUGGAACUUCUGGUGGGGCGGGGUGCCCGCGUGGCGGCCACUGACGCCAACGGCGCGUCGCCGCUGCACUAUGCGGCGCAGAUGGAUCAUAAGGAAGUGGUGGCCGUUCUGCUGCGCAAGAUUCGCGCCCACGAGGUUCGCGACCUCUCCGGUAUGAGCGCCUUGUCCUGGGCGGCGGGCAGUGGCGCGCUCGGCGCCAUUGAGACAAUGGUGGCGCGCGGAGGCGUGCUGCAUCUCACGGAUAAACGAGGCGAAACUGCUCUGUUCACGGCGUGCACGUGCGGCCAGACGGCGGCUGCCGGCCGUCUUCUGGAGCUGGGAGCCGACCCCAAUACUGCCAGCAGAUCGGGGACCACUCCGCUGUUCGGGGCCUGCGCCAACGGUCACGGAGAUAUUGUGAAGCUGCUGCUUGCCCAUAAAGCCGAUGUAAACGCGGCUGAUGAAGAAGGGAAGAGGCCGAUUCACGCGGCGGCGAGGUUUGGACAUUCCUACGUCGUGCAUAUACUGCUGGACGGCGGCGCCGCCGUGGACCCAGUAGACCGGUACGGUCGCACGCCCCUCAUGCACGCCGCCUACGCCGGCUACGGCGACGUGCUCACCCUGCUGGCCGGCUACGGCGCGGCCACGGGCCGUAGGGACGUAGACGGGCGGUCUGUGCUUCACUGGGCGGCCGGCAGAGGGCAGCUGGAUAGUGUCAGGGUACUGCUGGAGCAGGGAGCCGAGCCGAAUCAUGUGGCGCGACUGAGCUACCUUAUGACCCCUCUGGACUGCGCCGUGGUCGGAGGACACCACGAGGUGGCCAGCGUCCUUACCGAGUACGGAGGCGUUUCCAUAGCAACCAUCGAGGACGUCGCCUCGACGAAAAUUCAGGCAGCGUGGCGAGGUCAUACAAUCAGACACCAGUUUCUGGAGAAGCGCGCUAAACUGCUGCCGCCUCGUGACGGUGAACGCAACAAGCAGUCGCCGACUCACGCCGCCAGGGGCAGUCGUGGCGCUACCGUCGCCGAUCGCCGCCAAUCGCAGGCACCCAAACCUCCCGCGGCAAAACCGACCGCUUCCAAACCGAAUGAAAUGAAGAAGCCAGCGCCUCCGGCGGCCGAUUCGGCCAUUGACGAGAUCGUGUGCAGUUUCCUGGAGCACGUGGUGGGUGGUGGCGGUCGGCCGAAGCGUCACCUACAACUCUCGGCCCGCCAGCAGGCCUGCGCCGCCUGGGAGUACGCCGACCAACGCCUCAAACUGUCGGCGCCAGAUGGGGACACCGGCAUGGUGACCUUGGGCCCAGAUGGCGCUGUCGUCGCUAGGGGAAAAACUAUAGGUGGCGCUGCGAUCGGCAAACAUGGCCGAAAAGCCCGACAAGGACCACCGGCAGUGAAGCAAAGGAAGAAAUCUGAGCGGCACUUGGAGAUUCCCGAUCUGACGGGAGAGUCCACGGAUGAAGAAGAAGGAAGGCCACAGGAGACUGCGGCCAGGACCAUUCAGAGGGCCUGGAGAGGGCACACUACCGGUAAGAAGAAGGGAAAGGCGCCCCCACCACCCACCGGAGAGGCCUCAAAUAUGGCUAAGAAGAAAUCAGCUGCGCCCCUGCCACCUACAGGAAACCAAUCCAAAGACUCGGAGAGCGGAAUGAACUCGCCCAAAACGGGGAAGGCGCGACUGGCGGUACCCCCGGCUCUAGGAAUGGACUCGUCCAAACUGGGACAUAACAUGGUAGCGCCAACCGAUCAUCCUGGGAAGAGGUCCGCCCUGUAGGUGAGGAUCCUGAGAGAAGGUCCGCCCUGUAGGUGAGGAUCCUGGCAGAAGGUCCGCCCUGUAGGUGAGGAUCCAGGGAGAAGGUCCGCCAUGUAGGUGAGGAUCCUGGGAGAAGGUCCGCCCUGUAGGUGAGGAUCCUGGGAGAAGGUCCGCCAUGUAGGUGAGGAUCCUGGGAGAAGGUCCGCCAUGUAGGUGAGGGUCCUGGUCCUGGGAGAAGGGCCGCCAUUUGUCCAGCUUAGAGAAGUCUACAUUUCGAGAAUGCCAGGCUACUGGAUUUUUUUUUCUUGGCACUGCUAGCUGAAGUUGUUGAAAGGAUCCCAUUUAUUGGCGUAUCAGAUGAGUUCUGUCCUUUGCCAGGUAACUGCAUUUAAUUUAUAUAGUGGAUAAAGAUUCAUAUGAUAUCGUAGAUGUUUAUUUUUACAUUGAUUUUUAUAAUUAUCAUGUUUUUCAUGCUAUCAUUAUAACAUCCGCAACAUUGAGGUACUGAGUGUGAGAAACUCCUCACCAUUAUGACUGACAGUCUGUGAUUUAAACAGUAUUAUUACCAAAGGAGAUAGCAAGACCGUCCAAUGCACCGUACAACUGAGGUAGCUAGACACAUUUCUGGUAAGCUAUGGUAGCAAUAUUCAGGAUUCAAUGAGCUUCAAUGACCUUGAGUGAAUACUGAAUAUUACUCACUUGCAAGACUUUUCGCAUAGUACGGUACCUAAAUGUUCGAAAUCAGAUAACCAUUACAUUCAGCGCCAACUUCCUGCCUAGAUUGCCGUAGUCAUUCAAUGUUACGAGGCUAUGCUCCUGGCAGUCGCAGUGUUUGCUGCUGAUAGAAAAGCUCAGCUUUGCAUACUGAAACCUACCUAAGCAAUUACUUUUUUGUAACACGGUGCUGUGAUUUUACGCACAUUGCCCUUGUACUCCGCAGACCCCAUAAAUGCAAAAAAUAGUGUUCUGUAUUAUUUGAAAACGCUUGCCAGCCAUAGAAGAUACACGACCUGUGCAAUAGACGCUUGUGUUAUUUGGCCCAUAUUUAGAGGUGUGCCUUUCAUGUCCGACUUCUUCAGAAGAGGCGGGUUGCGUUGCGUGCCUUUCACCGUGUGCUGUGACAAUCUGAAGAUCUCAACGGCAUUUUAUGGCCAUAAUAUCUCAUAUAUUUUGAAAUGGAUUGUGUAGUGACUAGUGAGCGUAGCUAACACUCACGGUAAACAUGAUACAAAUAUGUGAUCUCCUGGUUAGUUGCGUGCUGCGUGCAAACUGUCAUGAAAUACAUACCUAAUUAUUCUGCA